AUGGGAAAAAGAUAUUCGAAAUGGAAUCUUAGUCAUGUCGAAGGAACGAUGAGCACAAGAUCGCAACACGGGACCCACAACACGCCAACUACCAAACGGUAUCGCAGUCCACGUAUCUCUGUGAAAAAUCGCGCGCCAAAACCACCCAUAACCUACGAUUAUGACGCCGCAAUCAGCCAACCAGAUGUACCAAAUUUACUCGAUCGCAAGAGGAUCGGUCGGAGUGCGAUGGUUAGUGGAGUUCCGCUUAAAAAGAGAGCUCUAAAAACUGGCGUAAGAUGUCGAAUUAUGUCGAGCAAGAAUUUUCAGAAAAGAUCACAGGAACUCAAGACGAAAUCGUUGGUGCAAAAAUGCGCGAAAGCACGAUCUCCUAACGGCAAUAAUAUGAAUCAUGUGAACAAAACGAUCACCUCUCCUGGUAUUUUUCACGAGGAGAAAGAUGAUAAAGAGAACGUUACCAGCAAUGGUACCGUUAAUGUCGAUAAUUUGUCGAGUUACUUGAGGCAAAACUUAGUCGUGGAAGGCAAGAGUAUUCUGUACAAGGACAAACCGAAAGAAGUUAUCGAAGGUGCUAAUGAUGAACAAACUGACAGGAAAGUAGAAAACGAAAGCGAGAAUGACGUAAUGAAAUCACCAGUACUUAUAGUCAAAGGUAGCAGAAUUCCACGCGCGAAGAUCACAGUUUUUCCAGUUCAUACACCCCAUGAAUUUCAAUUGGAUGCGAAGUUAACUAAUACUAAAACAAAGGAUUCCACUUGCUUAAAAUGCCCCACGAUAACCUGUCCUCUUCGAAACGUCGAGAUCCCAGGGAAGGAGACAAGAAGGGACUCGCCCGAUAAAGCAGAACAGAAUUCUUGCAAGCAAGAAGUGGUUCACUUUAAGGAUUUUCCAAACGAUACAAAGUACGAUACUAACCAUUACAUUUUAUUCAGAAUAGUUUGGAACAUAGAAGAGACUUCGACGUUAGAGGCUGAUGAAGAGGCAGAAGAUCACGGAAUGACGUCAACGGAUGAAUCUCCUAUUAUUAGCAGUAUCGACGAUCCACGCGUUCAAACGAUCCUACGAAGCUUAAAGCUAAAUUGUCCGUGCAAAUCAUGCACAGAUCAGGAUCCUCCUUCGAGCAGUCGACAAGAAGACGACAGUGAUUUGAAGAGUUCAUCUCCGGAAGAGAAUAGAAAAAAAUGGUCAGCGAAGCAUCGAAAAUAUAUCAACAUGAGUAUGGAGGAUGCGAACGUUUCAUCUGAUUGCAACAGCGAAGAGGGUAAAAAGAGAAAGAGAAGUCGAAUCAAAGGAAAAAAUACUUUGAGCCAACGUAUCAGAACUAGCACGAUAGCAAAUGCUUCUCCGAAAGCAUCGAAUAGUCGACGAUCGAAUUUUUCCUUUUUUAACACACUUUUUGACAUCGUUUUCUGGCCAUACGUAUUUCUAAAAGCGAAACAUUGA